AUGAAGGAAGGAGAUGAGGGUAAGAUAAAGGAGAAUCAGCCCAGAAGAAGUGAAAGAGAAAAAAGGAUGACUGAAAAAGAACUGUUAGAAUCAUCAGAGGAUAAAGAUACCAUCAAGAGUGCAUACAGUAAAUGGUUAGACAGGUACAAGGAGUUUCUAGUGUCUCAGGAUGAAGUGAAAGCGUGGCUUUCUCCUAGCGAACAGACUUUAGAUGAAGACAAAUUUAGAAGAAGAGAUGAACAACUAAUGGAAGUAAAAGAUGACUUAUACAAUUCUGGACGUGCGCAAAAUCAUAAUCGUGACCAUGAAGGCCUACUUAUAGUAGCACAAGAACUAAAUAAACCUAAAUCAGAAAUACAGAAGUUUGAAGGGAAUCCAAUGGACUAUCAAAGAUUCAUUAGACAGUUUAAUACAAAGGUGUGUGCUAAUACCAGCUCAUAUGAGGAACGUUUGAACUUUCUCCUGCAAUUUACCAGUUUUGAAGCUAAUAGAAUAGUGACUGGAUAUUCACACUUAAAUGCUGAAGGAGGAUACAAGGCUGCAUUGGAUGAAUUCAAAGAUCGAUAUGGUGAUCCAGACAUUGUUGCGCAAGCUUAUGUGAGAAAAGCCUUGAACUGGUCAUCAAUAAAACAAGACAAUGCUAGGGGACUUGAUGACUAUGCAAUAUUUCUUACCGAGUGUCAACAUGCUGUUAAUAAUGUAACCAGCGCUAGAGCCCUAGAAUAUCCAGAGAACAUGAAACUGAUUAUAAAGAAACUUCCGUUCUACUUACAAGAAAAGUGGCGAAAUGUUGUGUAUGAGCUCAAGGACAGAAGAGAAGUUCUGAAGUUCGAGAACUUAGUGAAGUUUGUUCGUAAAGAAUCUAAAAAGGCCAACGACCCUAUCUAUGGGAGAGAAGUGAUGAAUACCUCAACAUCUUCGGCACAUGGACAGAAUGUUAAACCAGCCACAUUCUCAAAACAGAAGAGGAACUUUGCAGCUAAAGCUGUAGAGUGUCAUCUAUCUAUAAACAAUUAUGCGUCUGAACAACCUAAACCAAAAUCACCUGCAUUUGUGAGAACCAUGUAUUUUACUGUCUAG